UUCGAAAGACCACCUAGUCGGAACAAUACAUCUUUAUUGACUCGUAAAAGUGAAUUAAUUUAUUGUUUAAGAAUAUGCUUGUUAGUAUAAUGACAAUAAUAUAACACUUAAACAAUAAUAAAUGUUAAGUUUAUUACGCUUCGGCGCAGUUGUUAUAACGGCAAUUCUAGUCUCAAUUUAGAUAAAGAUUAUAAUAUUAUUGUGGUGUACUGCUGAGAUAAAGAAGUUUAUAGAGGGAAGUUCAUUGAAAAGUCGUGGUGGAAAAUUACAUUUCUCAUAACGUUAUCGAGUGUGUAACAGUGAACUUCAGUUAACUUCGUGUUAAAGAUGACUAAGGAUUUAGUGCUACAAGAAAUUCGGGAAGAAUGUGAAGUAUUUCACAUGUCUGACAAACAGAUCAGAGAAAUUAUGAGCAGGCUGCACAGUGACCUGCUCAAAGGUCUCGGCAGGGACACCCACGCGUCUUCCAUCGUCAAAUGUUGGAUUACAUACAUACAGGACUUACCUAAUGGAAAAGAGCGUGGCAAAUUCUUAGCUUUAGAUUUAGGAGGAACAAAUUUUAGAGUACUUAUUAUAAACCUCGGUGAAAAUCACUUCGACAUGCAGUCAAAAAUUUAUGCCAUUCCAAACCAUAUUAUGACUGGCACGGGUGUCGCUCUAUUCGACCACAUCGCGGAAUGCUUAGCCAAUUUCAUGAAGGAGCAUGACGUGUAUGAAGAACGAUUAGCAUUGGGUUUCACAUUCAGUUUCCCGCUAAAACAAUUAGGUCUUACAAAAGGGGUGUUACAACGUUGGACGAAGGGGUUCUCGUGUUCGGGGGUCGUUGGUGAAGAUGUUGUACAGGGUCUGAAAGACGCUAUCGCCAGAAGAGGGGACGUUCAGAUUGAUAUUUGCGCUAUUCUGAAUGACACCACGGGCACAUUGAUGUCCUGCGCGUGGAAAAACCACAACUGCAAAAUAGGACUCAUCGUCGGUACGGGCAGCAACGCGUGUUAUGUGGAAAAGACAGAGAACUGUGAGCUAUUUGAUGGCGAGCCCGGCAAGCCGGAACUCUUGAUAAACACUGAAUGGGGCGCGUUCGGGGAUGAUGGCGCCCUAGACAUGGUUAGAACCGAAUUCGAUCGGGAAGUGGACGCUAAAUCCAUCAACCCAGGCAAACAAAUCCAAGAGAAAAUGAUAUCUGGAAUGUAUAUGGGAGAGUUGGUACGUCUUGCUCUCGUGAAGUUUACACAAAUGGGUUUACUGUUCGGCGGCCGCGGGUCCGAUCUAUUGUUCCAAAGAGGUUGCUUCUACACAAAAUACGUGUCUGAGAUUGAAUCGGACAAGCCUGGAGACUACACCAGUUGUAUGGAAGUCCUAGAAGAAUUGGGUCUCUCCCACGCGACAGAAGUGGACAUGGCGGCCGUACGACACGUGUGCGAGUGCGUUUCCCGUCGCGCCGCGCACUUGGUGUCUGCGGGCAUCGCGACACUACUCAACAAGAUGAACGAGCCCAGAGUCACCGUUGGCAUCGACGGCUCCGUGUACCGGUUUCACCCGCACUUCCACACGCUCAUGUGCGAGAAGAUCGCGCAACUCGUCCGACCCGGCAUUACGUUCGACCUCAUGUUAUCAGAGGACGGCAGCGGGCGCGGCGCCGCGCUGGUGGCCGCCGUGGCGUGCCGGCAACAGCUAGCUCACGCGUAGAUACUAAGCUUAGCCUAUCUGCCACAGCGGUGCUACGUGGUCGCAUACAACGCACACACUCCGGAUUUAACAUCCAACCGUCCCCAAAUAUUACAUCUCUCUGACGCAUCGUAGAUGAAAAUACUGUCAUCUACCCACAUAUUGCAAAACGGCUCAAUAAAUCCGGCUGUACAGAAAAUAACCUCUAACCCCAGUGUAUAAGGAAAAGACAGCGAUUCUGAAAUUUAUCGAACCUUUGUCAUUUCUGGUUUUAGCGUUGAACGUGCGAUUGCUUUUCCUCGUGCGGCGAAUUAAUUAAUUAUUUUCCGCGGCUCGAAAUAUUCAUCGCGUACACGGUACAUCGAGACUUCGUGGUCAUAUUUUUAAAUUAGGAAAAUUAUUUUAGAUAUUAGUGUAGCGUUAUUGAAUUAGCGCUGUGUGCUUGGACGGACAGUCUACCGCAUAGCUCUCUGUUUUUCAAUAUAGGAGUACUAUAGUAGUUAUUGAUUGAAAUCGCGUAUGAACUCCGACGCCCCACUGAAAUGUAUCUUAGUUACUUGGAACGAGUCCAAAGCAAAAAUACACCUUGAUACAAUACUCUGGUGUUCUCUUGUAACUACGACUCCUUUUGCACAUGUGCCCUUAACGAGAAUUAUUUUUUGAUAUAUAAUAGAUAGGCACUAAGAUUCAAUAAUGUCGUCACUAUUCUGAUAUUAGAAAACUUAAAACGUCACGUGUACUUAGAUCAUAACGAUUUUAGCAUAGUCUAGUCACAAUAUUUACAACGGAUACUUAAAAAAUUUGUACCUAACCUUACAAAAUUUCUACUACAUUUAUUGUUAUACAUCGUCAAAAGACUGAUAUUAUGUACAUAUAAAAAUCUUAAUAUCAUAAUAUUGUAUUGGUCUUAGUGUCGAUCUAACCAAGAGCACACUGCAUUUGUUAUGUCUUGUACACAUUUGCAAGCGCGCCGCAACUUCAUGAUCUUUUUGUUAAAUUGACUAAAAUUUGUUUGUAUGAAUUAUUUUAGAGAUAGUUUUUAACUUUUAUGACAGUGAAGGUCUUGUAAUAUAAGAGUCUACUUUUAUACCGUAUAAGAUAUAUUACAUAAUUUACAAAGAAUACAAGGCGAACAUUUUUAUUUAUUAAAAAGAGAUAAGUAUUUACUUUUAUACAAUCUGCCACAUCUUCAAUAAGAUGUGACUGAUUAUAUUCACAUUAUGGCAAUAACUAAUUUCGAAUGUAGCAAUACAUGUGAAUCUCAGGAGCAUUAUUUAUGCUAUCCGCAUUGAUGAAUUCAUACAAUCGAUAAUUAUCAUUCCAUUACCAGACCAAUAACAACAAAUGCAUAACUGAGAAAUUCGCAGUACUUAUAUUGGAAAAUAAUGUAGAAUUUUUUUUUUAAAACGAGGACAAAAUUUUGAUUAUGUUGCAUGUUAUCAUGAUUACAGCGUCAUUUUUAUUUAAUUGAUAUUAGUAUAUUAGUAAUACAUAUAUUUAAUUUUGGAAUUCAGUUUAAUUAAUUAGCAAACGAUUCAGUUUGUAUAGAGAUCUAAUUAUUGAAAUGAAUUCUAAUUAAUAAUUUAAUUUAAGUGAGUGUUUCGAUAUUUAACUGUGAUAGAACUAGGACUUAAUGUAAAAUUGUUUGCUCGUUUACUUUCUGAUUAUUUUGUUAUAAAUAGAAAUAUUGUUAAGAUAGAUAUUAAAUGAUUUGUUUUCGCGAGCCAUAAAGAUGAGUAGUUAUUAUCAGUUUGUAAAAAGCAGACAGAAAAUAAUAAAAAUAUACAAACAUAUUGUUGCCUUGUAAACUUGUAUUGAGGGUAUAUGUAUUCAUUGACGUAUUUUACUACAAAGGCAUACAUUUUAAAAGCACACCUAUAUUUUUUCUUAACGGAUGUUGAUGAAAAAAUGUUAUUGUUUAUUACACCAUUCUAUAGUUCCUAGUUAAAAAUAGGUGCAUUUUAAUUUAGUGUUGUACUUGUCAUUAAUUUUGUUGCAUGGUGUGCAAUCUGUGUUUAUAGUGUAUUUUAUGACAUAUUAUUAUUAUUAUUUAUCAUGUCACUGCGUAGUAUGAUAAUGGCGGAUAUUCAUUACUUAAGAGAACCAAAUAAAGUACAAAAUAAAAUUGGAAAUUAUUUUUGAAUUGUUUAGUCCUUGUUAUUCACAAGGUUUAAACUUUAAAUAUAAAAUUGUAUAUCAUGUCUAAAUUUAUAUGUAUUGUAUAUUUUGCUCAAAUGGCAUUAUUUAAAGAAUUGGUUGAUCAUCAUUUUUAAACUUAAUAUGAGAAUACAUUGUUUUAUUUGAUAUUUCUGCAAACAACCUACAUUCCAUAGGUAUGGAAACAAUUAUUGUACUUAGAUAUCUGAUGAAAUUAAUGAUGUAUGAUGAUGCAGAAAUGUACAUAUCACAUCUGUAAUAUUGCAAUUAUUGAAUAACAUGGGCAUGAUUUUGUAAUUAUGUACUUAUAUAUAAUUAUAUAUAGUAUUAUUACUAACCUUGUGAAUCAUGAAGCUGGUCUUUACUUAAGAGGUACUUCUCAUUUGAGGUUUUUGUACAUAAAUAAUGUCAUACGGUUUUACCUACAAAUUAUUUAGAAUUUAUUUAUGGUAUGAAUAGGGAAUAAAAUUACCAAAAUGAAGAAGCCAUUUUAGAAAAUCAUUAUUAGCUAGCUCCAAGUAUGUAUGAGCUAUUGGAAAUGUUACUUAUUUGAAUAAUAAAUUUUUAAAAAGGU